AUGAAAUGUGAAACAAAUUGUACGCCGGCGUUCUCCAUUAAAUCAUUACAGCCAUGUGCGCAAAUAUGUCUUCCACCCCGAUUAUGUGCCUUUUGUGUCCGUUCAUGUCAUUCCAAAAUGUUUAAACAAUUAUAUGAACGGGGUGAUUUGCCAUGUUCUAUACUGCAUGUUGCAGACGGUCAACGAGUGAAAUGGGCUGUAGUCGAUAUUGAAAAAUUAAAUAUUGACUAUUAUUUACCCAUAUUUACUGAUGGCCUCUGUGAAACAAAAUAUCCGUAUCAUUUUAUAGCAAAACAAGGUAUAUUAGAUCUUAUUGAACGUGCUUCACAUAAAAUCGAUUUAGGUACAUUAUCGAAAAUGAUUGUUCCAUUAAAGCGUGCACUUUAUACACGCAAUUCAAUGAUAUUUCGAAGUGUUCUACUCGUAUUACAGAAGUUAGCAUCAGGAAAUGAUGGUGGAAUUGGUGCUGGAUUGGUUCCGUAUUUUAAUGAAUUGUUACCAAUGAUUAAUGCAUUUAAAGAACGGAUCCAACAACGAAAAAGUGAUGAUUGUAGAUGUGAUCGAGUUGAUUAUGGACAACGAAAUAAAUUGGAUUUAGGACGUCUUAUUGAUGAAACGUUAUUGACACUCGAAACAUAUGGAGGUCAAGAUGCAUUCAUUAAUAUUAAAUUUUCUGUACCAACGUACGAACAACAAAUAGAUCCAAAAUCGUAUACUACAGCACAAAUAUUCACUGCUAUUCAGCCACCAAUAGGGAGACAAAAAGAAACUGAAGUACAAACGUCAACAUAA